AUGAUCAAAGCAAUCUCAUCUCUACGUAAAAGUCUGAUUCUACCUCUUCAUUUACAUAUUCGUACGGUACAAACUUUUUCCAAGUAUAACGCACAAGCUGCUUCAGCCUUGCGAGAAGAGCGUAAGAAACCUGUGUACCAAAAUGGAGAUGAUGAGUAUGCGGAUUUGGAUUGGGAUAAUCUCGGGUUUGCACUUACUCCAGCUGAUUACAUGUACGUAAUGAAAUGCUCGAAAGACGGCGAAUUCACUAAAGGAGAACUUAGUCGCUUUGGGAAUAUUCAGCUAAGUCCUUCUGCUGGAGUAUUAAACUAUGGACAGGCGAUAUAUGAAGGUACAAAAGCAUACAGGAAAGAAAAUGGGAAGCUUCUUUUGUUUCGACCGGAUCAUAACGCUAUGCGAAUGAAGAUUGGAGCUGAACGGAUGCUCAUGCCUUCUCCUUCGGUUGAUCAGUUUGUUGAUGCAGUUAAACAAAUCGCUUUCGCAAACAAGCGUUGGGUUCCUCCGUCAGGGAAAGGGUCUUUGUACAUUAGACCACUGUUGAUGGGAAGUGGACCAGUUCUUGGUUUAGGUCCUGCCCCUGAAUAUACAUUCAUUGUCUAUGCAUCUCCUGUUGGUAACUACUUCAAGGAAGGUAUUGCUGCUCUGAACCUCUAUGUGGAGGAAGAGUAUGUCCGUGCAGCUCCUGGUGGAGCUGGAGGUGUCAAAAGCAUCACAAACUAUGCCCCGGUUUUGAAAGCACUGAGCAGAGCCAAGAGUCGGGGAUUUUCAGACGUUCUUUAUCUCGACUCUGUCAAGAAGAAGUAUCUUGAAGAAGCUUCUUCUUGUAACGUCUUUGUUCUAAAGGGUCGGACAAUCUCAACUCCUGCAACCAAUGGGACGAUUCUCGAGGGGAUUACUCGGAAAAGUGUGAUGGAGAUUGCGAAUGAUCAAGGUUAUCAGGUAGUAGAGAAGACAGUACAUGUGGAUGAAGUAAUGGAUGCAGAUGAAGUUUUUUGUACCGGUACAGCUGUAGGAGUUGCUCCUGUUGGUACUAUAACAUAUCAGGACAAAAGAGUAGAGUAUAAAACCGGAGAUGAAUCUGUGUGCGAGAAACUGCGUUCCGUCCUUGUCGGUAUCCAGACAGGACUGAUUGAAGACAAGAAAGGAUGGGUCACAGAUAUCAACUGA